ACUCCCUAAAAAAUUUGGUAUUAUUUCACUAAUAAUAAUGCAUUUAUCACAAAAGUGAUAGUGGUAUUUGGUAUUCUGUUGAGCUGUAUAAAUAAAUUAUCAUACCACAAUGGAUGUCGUUGGAUUUUCCACAGAGCCAAACAAGACUUCCAUUUCUCUCUUAGAAGAUAACUCAUCCUCUUUUCUCUUCUUUCCUCCUCACUCCGUAGAAUUUCAGAAACAUUAUUGAGAGAAAAGCCACUGAAUAAUGUGAGUAAAUUUUCUUUCCUUAAGUGGAGGUUGAAGUUUUGUUAGUUGAAUUUUUUUCUUUUUUCCUUUUUUCCCCUUUUUGGGUUCAUUUUCCUUUUUUUGAGUGUUUUUUCCGUGUUUUCACAACAGUUGUUUUCAAGAUAGGAAAAAACGGCGAAAAAUAAGCUUUCCUUUUGCAUGUCUGCAUAUGGCCAAAGGUUUGAAAUUAUAGUCAUCGUUGAUUGGCGCUUUCUAGAAACUUGUAGAAAGAAAGAAAAUUGAAUUACGGUUUUUCGAUUGAUUUCAUAAAAGCGAAAUUCGUCUUUGGUUUUUGCUUUGUAAAAUACAAAAGAAAGAAAAAAAGGCGAGUCGAGUCUGGUUUUUGUGGCCGUUUUCUUUUUUUUUCUUCAAAAAUUUCAGAAAAUUAGUGAAAAUGGGAUCGUCAGGAAAGUCGAAUGACGAGAUUGUGGAAGAAAUCAUGCGAAUACAUCGAUGUCUACCGACAAGGCCAUCGAUUGAAGAAGUUGAAGCUGCAAAAGCGUUAAUUGGGAACCUGGAGAAAGAAGAUCAGUUAAAAUUGGAUGCAAUUACGAGGCAAAAUAAAAGGAAAGAUGUUCCAGAAGAGCUGUUCAGAAUUUUGCAAGAGAUGCAGAGGAAUUUUGUUCAUUUCCAGAGCAAAGAGCAGAAAUGGGAGGCUAUGAAACUUUUAGAUCUCGAGAAUGUUCACUCUCUGUUCGACGAUUUGAUUCAGAGAGCUUCCAAAUGUUUGCCUUCUAAAUCUCAGGCUAAUGAUAACUCAGCUUCCUUCUCCGGCAGCAGCAGCUUAAAUUCUCCGGCAAUUACAGCAACUGCGACUGCAAUUACUCCUUCGUCCAGCUUUUAUAACGCCAAAGAGCCUGUUAAAGUGGCUGAAAUGUUUAGUAGAGAUGAUAGUUACUUGAAUAAGGCAAAGGCCACGUUUCUUGUGGAUGGAAUUGGUGUUGGGCUUCGAUCUGGGGAUGCUUUGUCAGGGCCCAAGAUUGUUGAUUCCACUUUAAAGCCAGCAACAACUAGUGGUCAAGAUGGUGAGAAAUUAAGUUUGAUUAAGCUUGCUAGUAUGAUUGAAGUGUCAUCUAAAAAAGGAAGUCAAGAGCUUAUCCUUAAGAAUAAGUUGUCGGACCAGGUGGAAUGGCUUCCAGAUUCUAUAGGGAAGCUGUCAAGUUUGAUUACUUUGGAUUUGUCUGAGAAUCGCAUAACUGUCCUGCCUACCACUAUAGGGGGGCUUUCGUCAUUGCAAAAGCUAGAUUUGCAUUCGAACAAAAUCAUUGAACUGCCUGAUUCCAUUGGAGAUUUGCUUAACUUGGUCUAUCUUGAUCUCAGUGCAAAUAACUUAAAGUUGUUGCCCGCGAGUUUUGCGAGGUUAGCUCACCUUCAAGAACUUGAUCUGAGCUCCAACAUGCUAUCAGUACUCCCUGAGACAGUUGGCUCCUUAGUAAGUCUAAAGAAAUUGAUUGUGGAAACUAAUGACCUUGAGGAACUUCCUCACACUAUUGGUCAAUGUACUUCACUCAAGGAGCUUCGUGCAGACUAUAACAGGCUUAAAGCUCUUCCUGAAGCAGUGGGACGGAUUGAGUCUUUGGAGAUUCUGUCUGCACGGUACAAUAACAUCAGGCAAUUGCCUACGACUAUGUCAUCCCUUACAAGUUUGAAAGAGCUCAAUGUUAGUUUCAAUGAAAUUGAAGCCAUCCCUGAGAGCUUGUGUUUUGCUACUACGUUGGUCAAGCUGAACAUUAGCAACAAUUUUGCAGACCUGCGGUCACUACCAAGGUCAAUUGGGAAUCUUGAGUUGCUAGAAGAAUUGGACAUGAGUAACAACCAGAUUAGAAUUCUUCCAGACUCAUUUAGGAUGCUCUCAAGUUUGCGGAUCCUUAAAACCGAAGGAAAUCCUUUGGAAGUGCCACCAGGAAACAUCGCUGAAAAGGGAGCACAGGCUGUUGUUCGGUAUAUGGCUGAUCUGGUAGCCAAUAGGGAUGUGAAGGUGCAGCCGGUGAAGAAGAAGAAAUCCUGGGCUCAGAUAUGCUGCUUUUCAAGAUCCAACAAACGUCAGCGCAAUGGUGGGGACUAUGUUAAUGCCUGAUGUGCUGCAGCUUGGAUACAAAUGUUUGAACACACUAUACAUAUGGAAAAUGAGCUGUGAUUUGGCUGGACGAGUCAGCUGCCAGUUUGGUUGAAUUCAACCAUUUUUUGCCAGCAAAUCAAGCCAUUUUGUUGUUCCAGAUCUGGCACUAAUUCUUGCCACGUGUUCCUUUCGUUCUUUUUUCCUCAUUUUGUUUCAUUCCAUGUAAUUCUUUACUCCUCUGUGUUGUCAUUCAGCUGUAACUUUUCCUCUUUGAUAAUGUAAAAUGAGAUGUAAAAUUUUUAUUACACGGAAAACCAGGUUGAAAUUUCUCGUGUUUGACUUCCCAUAAAAGUAAAUUAAUAUUGAGUUUACCGAGUUUCAUAA